GACCGUCCUCGUCCUACGUACGACAUGACUAAUGAUAUUGCCCUUGACUUCGCGAAUUCGUCCAAGGUUUCUGACUUCCCCAGUGAGAUCCACUCCCAAGCCCCGACUGCCUUCCCCGACCCGAUCUACCCGCAGCAGCAGAUCUUCCUCCGUGCCAAGCGUUACCUCGAGCCUGGCACCCGCAUGCUCUUCCUCGCGAUGGGGGAG